AUGGCCGUGAAGAUGUCUACUUCUAAACCUCUCAAUAGGUUCAAUAGUGGCACGUGCACGCAUGGUAACAGUGAGGGAGUCCAGUGGUGGGAGGUAGACCUGCAGGAGGUCUACAAUAUAGAGUAUAUUGAGGUCUACGGCAGAACGGACUGCUGCUCUGACCGACUCGAGGGUGCUAAGCUGUGGAUAGGAAACAACAAGUGUGCGACUCUAAAGAACAUGGGAGCAGCACAGAAGGAGACGGUUAGAUGUGAGGACCCUGUUGUAUCGGUGGGACGUAAAGUCAGGAUUGAGGUCCUCAACUAUCUGACGCUGUGUGAGGUCAAGGUGUUCACUAAAACUGAAAUGGAAAUCGCGGUGAGCUCGACUAAAACACCUCCAGAACACAAGGGAGAGACCCAGGGAGACUUUAUCAACGUUGCUAUUCAUAAACCAGUGCACCAGUCCUCUACUGGUCACAACGGAUUUGCGAGCAGGGCUGUUGACGGAUACACCACCGGUAUUUGGGGCCACAGAUCAUGUUCUUACACUAGAAACAACGGAAUGAACUAUUGGGAGGUGGACCUAGGUCGAGUGUACAAUAUUGAUCACAUCAUGGUUUACGGGAGAUCAGAUGCGGAACCAAACUGGUUAAACGGAGCUUCGGUUAAAGUUGGGGAAGUCACGUGCCAACUGUUGGCUGGCAUGGAGGAGGGUAAUAAGAACAGGGUUGAUUGCGGAGGAGACAAGGAGAAGCUUGUGGUUAAAAAAGAAGGACUACCGGAACCCGAUGUGGUUAUCCCCACCGUAAACUACGCUCAGAUCGGUGAGGUUAUUGAUGAUUUCUUCAACGUAGCAAAGGGUAAGAAUGCUACUGCUAGCUCUGAACCGUGGGGAGGAAAGGCUGCUCGGGCAGUGGACGGUGUUGUGGAUCAGCACUGGGGCAGAGGGAGCUGCACACACACGAACAGACUCGGUAACGAGUGGUGGGAAGUGGACCUUGGUCGGGUUUAUCAGAUAGAUCAUGUCCGGGUGUGGGGCAGAACAGAUGCUCAUACUGAAAGACUGGACGGUGCCAGGCUGUGGAUUGGUGAUCACAGAUGUGGCAAACUGAAGACUAUGGCCAAUAAAGCUGAGGCUGACAUCAUUAAAUGUGAGCCAGCAGAGUCAGUCGGAAGAAAAGUGAGGAUCGAACAUUUUAGUCAGUAUAUCACGCUCUGCGAAGUCCAAGUUAUGGUGAAACAGUCGCAGAUCGAACUGCAGCCGAACACAGUCUCCAGUGACGGCGAAAGGGAAGGCGAGUACACGAAUGUGGCCCUCAGGAAAGAGGCCUGGCAGUCCAGUACAGCACACAACGGUUGGGCCAGCAGAGCGGUCGAUGGUUGGGUCAAAACUCACUGGAACCAGGGAUCUUGUACACACACUAAUCAACACGGUGUACACACUUGGUCUGUCAACCUUGGUAAAGCCUACAAAGUGGAUCAUGUUAAGUUCUGGGGACGAACUGACGCUGCACAGGACCGGAUAAAAUGGGUCAACGUAUUCGUGGGACGCACAAAGAUCGGUUACCUUGAUGAGGAAGGGUACGGAGCUGGAAUGCCGUAUGUACUACAAGCUACCAACUCCGAGCGUGAGGUAUACGGUAAAAUCGUCAGAUUUGAGAGACUUGCUAACUACCUUACCCUCUGUGAGGUCCAAGUCAUGGUAAAGAACGAAGAUUUGUUGGAGGAGGAAAUGCCCACGACAUUCCCUGAGUACGAGAACGUGGCUCGGAACAAACCAACCAACCAGUCAUCCACCGCUCACGGUGGCGAGUCUAAGAGGGCUGUAGAUGGUUACAUGGCCGAGGGGGCUGUUAGCUGGAACGGACAAUCUUGUACUCACACCAACAGAGCUGCCUUGGAGUACUGGGAAGUGGAUCUAGAGCACGAGUACCACAUUGACCACAUUAAGAUCCUGGGAAGAAGUGACUGUUGUCGUGAGAGGAUGGGAGGUGCCGUGAUUAAAAUGGACGGAAAAACAGUUGCUGGUCUGAGUUACUACACAAAUCAGUUGGAAUGGACCGUCCCAAUGAACUAUGCUAAGGGGCGCAGGCUAACUGUCACUCAAACAAGCCAAAUUCUUACUAUUUGCGAGUUUGCUGUCUAUGUUGAUCACAAUUACGAUCCAACCACGGACACUGAAAACCAGUUGGAUCUAACAGAAGAAAACCUGGCUCUGAAGAAAGUUGCCACCUCCUCCAGCGUUAUGCUAGGAGGUGAGGCUGGUAACGGGGUAGACGGAGACAGCGAGGGCAACUACUACAAAGGGUCGUGUGUAUCAACGGGAGUUCAGCAAGGUGAAAGCUGGUGGAUGGUGGAUCUAGUGGACUCUCACAGUGUGGGACACGUGAUAGUUUACCCCAGACUCGACACUAAUCUUGCUGCUAAUCUUGACGGCGCAGUGGUUUCAGUUGGGGAGCAUGUUUGCGGUUCCAUCACGUUCGUGGAGAACAGGCAGUGGUACAGAUUAGACUGUAAGGGACAAGCUGGUUCCAAUGUGAGCGUGAAGAAAGAAACUGGGCACCUACAGUUCUGCGAGGUUAUCGUUCAAGCAGCCGAAGAUUAAUAGAGUGUAAGGAAAACGUGUUUUGUCGGACUUUUGAGUGUUGAAGUCAUGACAUGAAGUUGACCUCAGAAAUGUUUGUUUAUCAUUUAAUGAUAAUGUUCAAAUUUGUAAAUUAUGGAUAAUUCUUCUGCCUGAUCCGUAUAAACUAUGAUAAUAAUGUUAGUUGAAUUUUCAGUUUAAAGUUUAUCAGUAAAAUUCUUAAUAUCAUAUCGUAGAUUUUGAAUAUGAUCAAA